GGUUAUAGUGGGUGCUGUCGCGUAUACUCGAUUAAUUUUAUACGACUAGUCUCGUAUCGGCUGCUUGUGCGAACGGUCCGCUUCUCAUAACCGAGAGAAAAAAUGUAUUCCGUUGGAGGAAGCAACGGCGGCAACAGCGGCAGCAGCGGCAGCAGACGUAUGAAUUAUUACGUGCCGAUUCCCGAUGUUGAAACUCCAACGUGUGAAAACAACAUUUCGUUGGAUCGUCGCGCGGUUCGUAUACUCAGCAGACGAUACGCGCUGACAGCUACGGAAUACAAAUUCCUCGAAAUUGGUAUCAACGUGGGUCCACCGAGCUACGUGGAGAUCGCCAUUGGAGAUCCUCGCCGAGGAAAGGAACUGCUGUUGUCUCUCGAAACGUGGAAGGCGCUAUACGAGCAACGGCAAAAUAUUCAGAAUUUCUUUCGCAAUGACUUCAAAGAUAUCCAUAGUUUUAUAAACGUUGGACCGCUAACGGUGAGAGUUUGUACGGUUAAUAACUCAUACGUCUCGAAUCUGCAAACGUAUGCUUGA